AUGGCUAGUACUUGUAUCCCAGUGAUUGAUAUGCAAGAUUUUCCAGGAGAAUCUGAGAAACUAAUAGCAGCGUGUGAGGAAUGGGGAUGUUUUAGGAUCAUUAACCACGGCAUUCCUGUCACCUUGCUGUCUGAGAUGCAGUCCAUUUCCCGAUCUCUCUUCGACCUCCCGGUGGAAACCAAACGCCGUUACGGUGAGGCUGUGGAUGACAAGGGGUACAGUCCACCUCAAGAGCCCACUCCUCUUUUUGAGGGAUUGGAUGUUUAUGACAUGACCUCCUCUGGGGCUGUCCACGCCUUUUGCUCUCACCUUCAUGUUUCUCCUCACCAACGGGAGACAAUAAUGCGGUACACUGAAGCUAUACAUGAGUUGGCCAUGACAAUUGGAAGUAGGUUGGGAGAGAGUAUGGGGUUCUGCAGUGAUUUGUUCAAGGGAUGGCAAUGCCGACUUAGAUUAAACAAAUACCAUUUCAGUCCUCAAACUGUAGGAUUAACUGGAGCUCCGAUGCACUCAGACGCUGGGUUUCUUACAGUAGUACAUGAUGAUGAAAUGGUUAAUGGUCUGGAAGCAGUGGACAACAAGUCUGGCGUGCUUUUCCCCAUUGAUCCAAUGCCAGGAACCUUACUUGUCAAUGUUGGAGACCUUGGCUUGGCAUGGAGCAACGGUAGAUUUUGUAAUGUGAAGCAUAGGGUACAAUGCAACGAUGGAAAGAUACGAACAUCAAUGGCUUGCUUCGUGUUAGGACCAAAGGAAGGGAAAAUGGAAGCACCACCUGAACUGGUGGACACUGAACAUCCCCGUCUCUUUGUUCCUUUCACUUUUCAAGAAUAUUUGAGACUCCGAAUCUCCACCAAAUCACCAACUGGUGAAGCUCUGCAGCUUUUGCAAACCGCUUCUUGA